GUGUACUCAGGCUAGGGAAGAUAAAGAGAGAAAGAUAUAAGUUUAGUUCUCUCUACUCUAUUCAAUACUAGGAUACAAUGGAAGAUUCUAUUCAGGAAUUGGGAAAACUGUGCCCAACUCCUGGAUCUGGACCCCUGGAUAAGUUUAGGUGUAAGGUCGGAGAUAUCCCUCAAUCCCGGAGCAAGGAUUGGAAACUCAGUCCCAGAGAAAAUAUAAAACCUUCCUUCGACUGGAGGCAACUUCGGAUACUCAUUCAUAGGAAGGAUUUGCUGGAGACAAAGAUGAAAAUUUGGAAUCUCUUGGAGAAGGAGCCGGUUUUCCACAGGGUGGAAGGAGAACUAGGAUUAGACGAGUACAGAUCUAUCACAGCUCGGAGACUGCAUAGGUUCAUGGAGCUUGAUCCAGUUCCAGAUUCAGAGAUUAUGGCGUCCCCGCUGAAGUCCCCCGCCCUGGUGUCCGCCCUGGGGAUGUACGACUGGUCGCUGUGUGCCAAGAAGAUGCUGCACAGAGAGUUCUUCAUGUCGAGUAUAUCAGGAGCUGGGACGGCUAGGCACAAAACCCUUCUCAAGGAUUCCCGGGAUAAUAGGAUUGGAGGAGCAUUUUGUCUCACGGAGAUAAGCCAUGGAACAAAUACAAAGGGGUUGGGUACAACUGCAACCUAUGACCUGGAGAGCGGAAAGUUUAUCUUGAAUACUCCGUCCUUCCUCGCAGCUAAGUGCUGGGCCGGGAACCUCGCAAAAACAGCUUCACAUGCCAGUGUGUUUGCUCAGCUGAUUACUCCAGACGGAAAAUGCCAUGGUCUUCAUAAUUUCUUAGUUCCAGUUAGGGAUCCUGUAUCUCAUACUCCUUAUCCAGGAGUUAUAAUUGGAGAUAUGGGAUCCAAGAUUGGACUGAAUGGACUGGAUAAUGGUUGGCUAAAGUUCAAUAACUACCAGAUUGACAGGAAAAUGCUGCUGAACAAAACUGGAGACGUAUACAACUCCAUUCAAGGAUCCAAACAAGAGGUUUGGAGCUUCUCUAGGUAUACAACUCCAUUCAAGGAUCCAAACAAGAAAUUUGGAGCUUCUCUAGGUAUACAACUCCAUUCAAGGAUCCAAACAAGAGGAAAUCUGUCCGGAGGAAGGGUUGGUAUUGUUAACAUGGCAACAACUAACCUUCAUCUAGCAAUAGUUAUAGCUGUUAGAUAUUCAGCAGUUAGGAAACAGUUUGGACCUGAAGGGGAGGAAGAAUGGCCGGUUUUAUUUUAUCAAACCCAAUAUAGAAGACUGAUGCCUCAUCUGGCAGCUUGCUUUGCUCUCCAUCAUUUCAGCUUAAGUUUGUAUGAGGAUUUUGUCCGGUUAUUGGUGGGACGGAUGACAGGAGAGGAUGAAGGUAUGCUGGCAGAUCUAGGAAUGGAAAUCCAUGGGUUGAGUAGUGCAGCUAAACCACUCGCUAGCUGGUCAGCUCAACGUGCUGUCCAAGAAGCCAGGGAGGCUUGUGGAGGGCACGGCUAUCUUUCUGCAGCAAGAUUUGGGAAAAUUAGGGAUGAUAACGAUGCAAACUGUACUUAUGAAGGAGAUAAUAAUGUUCUCCUACAGCAGACCAGUAACUGGAUACUAAACCUUGUAAACAGGAAUACAAAUACUCCCGCAGGAACACUCUCCUGGUUACAGGAUUUCCAGAAAAAUACGAGUUUGUCCGAGACAGAAUUGAACUCCGACUUUGCACUUCACGCGACUAGGUGUUUGUUGGUCAGCUUGUUAAAGACGACCCAAGAAGAACUAAGCAAACUGAAACUUGAAGGUUCUGAUAAGUUUCUUGUGAGAGGUAAUUCACAAUUUCAUCUAGCGAGAACUCUUUCCUUGGUUUACAUUCAAGCAGUAGUUAUACAGAGGUUUACGGAGUAUACUAGGGAUAACCCUGAGUUCUCCGUACUGAAUCUGCUCUGUAAUCUGUAUUCUCUGUGGGUUGUUGAGGAGUUGGGUUCAGAUCUACUUAUCCAUGGAGUUAUCUCUGGGUCCUGUUUGAGCAAGGUUCGGACCAAGGUUAUACAACUCUGCAGGAAAUUGGUGCCUGAAGCUAUAGCUCUUACUGAUGUUCUUGCUCCACCAGACUUUAUCAUUCAAUCCAUCCUUGGUCAAUCCAGUGGAAAAGUUUACGAGCUGAUGGAGCAAUCUUUUUAUUCUACUCCUGGUUCAUUCUCUACUCCAGACUUCGCUCAACUCUAUACAAACAACUAUAGAGCUAAACUUUAAAAUCUGAGAUACAAGCUUCCUCCAUAAUUGAAAAAUUAAACUUUGAACCCAGAUACAUUUGAUGAGAUAUUUUAUGCAAAAUAAGAUAUAUUCAGAAUAAAAAUAGUAUUUUUA